CUGGCGGAGCGAAGGGAGGGACUUGUACAGCAGGAAUCCGCCUGGAUCGGCCGUGUCAGUGCGACGCUACGGGUGGAAAACGACCGAUAUUUGCUAACGAUUUUGUAGCCCGUGCGUUGCAGUAUGUUAACUUUGGGCUUGGCGGAAGGCUUAAUAACAGCGCCUGACAUGUGAGACACAGGCGCGGGGAAGCGAACGGAAGGAGAGCUGGCCGCCUUCUUCCUCUCCCUGGUUCUCUGUUUGGCGAUUUGCUCGGUGGAUGAAUCCUGUCGGGAGGAAGCAUGAAGAAGUUUAAUAUCAGAAAGGUGCUGGAUGGCUUGACUGCGGUUUCCUCCUCCUCCUCGUCCGCCUCGCCUCAGACGGGGAACAAGGAGAACGACAUUAUUCAGGAGACUCUGCAGUCGGAGCAUUUCCAGCUCUGCAAGACAGUCCGACAUGGUUUCCCUUACCAACCAUCCGCCAUGGCGUUUGACCCUGUGCAAAAAAUACUGGCCAUUGGGACGCAGAGUGGAGCCCUAAGACUCUUUGGCCGAGCAGGAGUGGAGUGCUACUGCCAGCAUGAGUCCGGCUCGGCCGUCAUCCAGCUGCAGUUUCUCAUCAAUGAGGGGGCACUAGUGAGUGUGUUAGCUGAUGACAGCGUACACUUAUGGAAUUUGAGACAAAAGAUUCCCGCUGUUCUACACUCUCUUAAAUUCAGUAGAGAGAGGAUUACGUUUUGCCAUCUGCCCUUCCAGAGUAAGUGGCUGUACAUCGGCACAGAAAGAGGGAACAUUCAUAUUGUUAAUGUGGAGUCCUUUACUCUCUCAGGCUAUGUCAUCAUGUGGAACAAAGCCAUUGAACUCUCUUCAAAAACCCACCCUGGACCUGUGGUACACAUCAGUGAUAACCCUAUGGAUGAGGGCAAGCUUUUAAUUGGUUUUGAAUGUGGUUUCGUCGUUCUGUGGGACCUGAAAUCAAAGAAAGCUGAUUACCGUUACACUUAUGAUGAGGCGAUCCACUCUGUGGCCUGGCACCAUGAGGGGAAACAGUUUGUGUGCAGUCACUCAGAUGGUACACUUACCACAUGGAAUGUACGAUCCCCUGCCAAGCCUGCACAGAUCAUUACACCACAUGGUAAGCAACCCAAGGAUGGUAAAAAGCCUGAACCCUGCAAGCCCAUUCUGAAAGUGGAGUACAAAACAGCCAGGGCAGGGGAAGCUUUCAUGAUAUUGUCUGGAGGUCUUUCGUAUGAUACUGUAGGCCGCAGGGCCUGUCUGACUGUGAUGCAUGGAAAGAGUACUGCAGUGCUGGAGAUGGACUAUCCCAUUGUGGAUUUUCUAGCGCUGUGUGAAACUCCCUAUCCAAAUGAUUUCCAGGAGCCUUAUGCUGUUGUAGUUCUGCUGGAGAAGGAUUUAGUAGUUAUUGACCUUGCACAGCCUGGGUACCCUAGCUUUGAGAGUCCAUAUCCUCUGAGCAUCCACGAAUCCCCUGUGACCUGCUGCGAGUACUUUGCUGACUGCCCUACUGAACUCAUCCCUGCACUUUACUCUGUGGGCUCCAGGCAGAAAAGGCAAGGCUACAGUAAAAAGGAAUGGCCUAUAAGUGGUGGAAACUGGGGUCAGGGUGCACAAAGCUAUCCAGAGAUCAUUAUCACAGGACAUGCUGAUGGCUCAGUCAAGUUUUGGGAUGCUUCUGCAUUAAUGUUACAGGUCCUGUACAAGUUGAAAACUGUAAAAGUAUUUGAAAAAGCUCGCAAUAAGGAAGAGAAGCCCAGCACUGACAUAGUGGAAGAAGACCCUUUUGCUAUUCAGAGCCUGUCCUGGUGCCCUGAGAGCCGAGUGCUAUGUGUGGCUGGGGUCUCUGCUCAUGUCCUUGUUUACUGGUUCAGCAAACAGGAAAUCACCACAGAGGAGGUUCAGCUGUUGGAAGUACGUAUGCAGCCUGAGCUGAAUGAAGUAGACUCUCCAGAUGCAGGAGGAGAACAGGCUUCAGCCGUGUCCACUCCUGGAGCUUCUUCCAGUCCUCAAACCAGUGACCCCCAAAAACAUCCAUCUACCAGCAGCAACAACUCAUCUGAUGGCCUGCGGGAUAAUGUACCCUGUCUGAGAGUUAGAAACACACCACUGAAGCAGUCUCCAGGCUACCAGGUGGAACUGGUCAUUCAGCUGGUGUGGGUCAGCGGGGAGCCGCCACAGCAAAUCACCAGCCUGGCUGUCAACUCCGCAUAUGGCCUAGUGGCUUUCGGUAAUAGUAAUGGGCUGGCAGUUGUGGACUACCUUCAGAAGACCCUGCUGAUCAAUGUGGGCACAGCAGAGCUGUACGGCUCCUCUGAUCCACAUCAGAGACAACCACGCUCACCCCGUAAAGCAAGGCAACCGUCUGGAGACAAUCUGCAAUCGAAGUCUUGCAUGUCCGGCCUCUCUAACUUUUAUUCUGAAUCUGUGAAAAAACUCCGCUCUUCUUAUCUCAGUCUCUGUGAUGUCAAUGAUGGGUCGUUGGGGUCAGAAGACCGGUGUAAGUCACCUACAUCAGGUUCUGGCUCACCUUGCCAUUCAGAUGAUGAAAGCAAACAAAAGUUUCUUGAAAGGGUGAAGUCGAAAAGCAAGCUGAUAUCAAAGAGUGUUGCCAAUGACUUUGCUAAGAUGUCACGGAAAUUUAGCAUGGCUGCUGAUCAGAAACAAGAGGGGAGGCUAUGUCGGCAGCAUUCUCUCCCUAGUCAGAUACUUCAGUGUGGUGUGGAAGUGUCCAGAAGAAAAGCAAGAACUAUCUCCAGGACUCACAUUAUGUCUAAAUCCAAUGCCAGAGACAACUCGUUCAGCCGCUCGCGCAGCUCCAGUGUGACCAGUAUUGACAAGGAGUCACGCGAGGUCAUCUCUUCUUUGCAUUUCUGUGACUGCCUGUCCAGGAAGAGUGAAGUAGCAGCAGUCACCAGCCUGUGGGUGGGCACCUCCCUGGGCACCAUGCUGGCCAUCUCCCUUAAUGUGCCUUCCACCCCAGAGCAGAGGAUGCAGCAGACUGUAGGCAUCUCUUUCUGUGGUUCAGUGGUUCGACUGAAGGGAGGCAUCCAGCGCAUGGCUUUGUUGGAUUCUACUGGUUCUCUCCAGCCUCCUGCUUACGAGGGCUGGUAUGACCCAAACGCCCCUGAGGAGGAGAAGGAGAAGACGAGAAAGCGACGGCCCGCCUCUCCGCCGUCCACUCAGGAAAACCAGGACAGCCACUACGCUGUGAUCUGCUCUGAGAAACAGGCCAAAGUGGUGGCUCUGCCUUCGCAGAACUGUGUGUUUGAACACAACAUCACAGAGAACUCGUUUGUGCUGAGAGCGGACGUGGUGGUCAUGCCUGCUGGCAUCUGCAUCGCCUGCUUUUGUGCCAAUGGUCACAUCAUGACUCUGAGUUUGCCCAGUUUGCGGCCACUGCUGGAUGUAAACUACCUGCCCCUGACAGACAUGCGAAUAGCCAGAACAUUCUGCUUCUCAAACCAGGGCCAGGCUCUGUAUCUCACCUCCCCUACAGAAAUCCAGAGACUGACCUACAGUCAGGAGACCUGUGAUAACUUGCAGGAAAUGCUGGGAGAGCUCUUUACUCCAGUUGAGACUCCAGAGGCUCCCAAUAGAGGCUUCUUUAAGGGUCUUUUUGGAGGUGGGGCCCAGUCGCUGGAUAGAGAGGAUCUCUUCGGUGAGUUGGCAGCAGGUAAGGCAUCACGCAGCCUGGCCCAGCAUAUCCCAGGCCCAGGCAGCAUGGAGGGCAUGAAGGGGGCAGCGUCAGGAGUGGUGGGGGAGCUGGCGCGUGCUCGGAUAGCUCUGGAUGAGAGAGGGCAGAAACUGGGCGAGCUGGAGGAGAGGACAGCAGCCAUGAUGGCCAGUGCAGACUCCUUUUCAAAGCAUGCACAUGAUGUGAUGCUGAAAUACAAGGAUAAGAAGUGGUAUCAGCUCUGAUGGCUGUGCAAGAAGUUGGGGGGCCUUUGCCUUAAGGCAGUAGAUAUACGCCACUUCUCUCCCCCUUCUUUCUCCUGCGUCUGCCAUCCUUGCCCAGUACAACACCACACUGUUACCUCAGUCACCUGACUCAGGCUGAGGGGCAGAAGGGAGACCCAGGAUGGAAGAAGGUGGAGACGGAAAGAACAGUUUCAUAAGGAGCAGACUAUCAGUAACUUGGCAGUGUCUGAGACGUUAAGCUCCACUCCGCUACCGCAAAGAUGUUAUUUUCAGUUACAGGAGAGGAGACUUGAUGCAAACGCUGCCCUCGCAACUCACCCAUCACCUAUGCUGUCAUUUUUCACUGCCAUUCUACUUACAAAAACUUCAAAACAAAGGAUCAUGGUGAUAUUUAUAUACGUUAGUUGAAAGUACAGCUGAGGAAUACAGGAAAUGUCUGCAGCAUUGCCAGGCGUAAUGCUACUGAUAAUCAUUCGCUUGGGCAAGAAUAAAUGGCAUGUCCAGUGACUUAAUUUAUUGAAACCUAGCAUUUUGCAUUCCAUUUUUUUAUGUUUUAAGUAGGCAUGGAGUAAAUGACAGUAUCCUAGAAGAUGUGAUAGGGUCAUUAAAUUAAAUAUCUAAAGGGCUGGUAAUGUGUUGCAAUUGCCAUGAACCAUAUGAUCAUUCUGACCACAUUUAAAUAGUGUCAGUGAAAUCAUGUUUAUCUCCCACUGAUUAGAUUCCAAAAGUCCACAAAAAGCCAAGAUCUCGCACAUUUACACUCCCAAUCUGUUAAUGCAGGCAGGCAGUAUAUAUCCAAAUAGUUAAUAGGGAAAAUGAACUUAGCAUGGUUUACUCAUUUGCUGAAUAUUUGAACAUUUCAGAAUGGUUGCAUAUCAUACACUGGAUAAAUGUAUCUGAUACCUGGAGCAUGUUGGACUAUUCCUAUCCAUGUGAAGAGAAUUAAGAUGUUUGUAGAGUAAGGCAUGACUCUAUGUGCCUUGUGAAAUGGAUAUACUAGACGUGUUCACUUCCAGGGAAGCGUUUGCCAGUUGGUAAACUGAAGAAUGUUCCUAUUUUCUCAUGCUUCAGCUUCUGGGUCAAGUGCUCCCAAAGAGUGUCUCACUGGCCAGCUACAAAAAAGGUCAUCCCUACUGUUAGGCUCCAGUACAGGCCAGGCUCCUUGCUGCAGUCAAAACUCCCUCUUUUUCUGAAAGAAAGAACAUAAAUAUAUAUAUUUAUCUUUUGUCCAAUGUCCAUUUUUCCCCAGAGUUCUUUCUUUGGAAAAAUGCAUGUCUCGUCUGGAGGACUAUAGCCAUCUGUGUGUUUGUCGUUGCGGUGGAAAUGACCAAGCGCCACUAAGUGUUCAGUGCAACUCCAUGCUCUUGGUCAGCAUUCUCUCAGUCUGUACAGGAGAGGGAGAAUUCUCUUUUGCCUUUUGCUUAUCAUGCAAAUAUGCCAACCUCGAACUACAUAUAUAUAUACAUAUAUAUCUGUGUGUUGGUGAACAUACAUAUAUGCAGGAAUAUGUGUAUGCUCACUUAUGGUUAUGGAAAUGCCAUACGUCUUUUUUCAUGUGUGAGGUGCAAGAAAUUGCUGCUAUUUCUGUUCAUUUAGGAGCAUUAUUUUUUGUUCUUUAUUUGUGAAUGAAGAGCAAGGCUUUUAUUUUCUCUUUUCAAACUGCUGCCAAAUGUUGUAAAUAGUUGGACUUCUGAAGACAAAUUUGAGAGAGGUGGCAUGAUGGAAUAGGCUGGGGAUGGAUGCAAUGUUCUUGUCUGACACCAAAGAGUUUCGAUUGUCGUUCUCGUGUCCAGAAUGCGAGGGUUUAACCUGCUGUUUAGCUGUUCUGCUGUAACUGAGAAACUGGUGUCAAGACCUCCCUAGAAAUGCAGUGAGCCACUCCUUUGCUUGCCGUGACGUUUGUGUAAAUAUCUACCAAAAUAGAGAAUUUUCAACAAUGACCGAACUGAAAAAUGAAUUACGCUACUGUGCUUCAUAUUCUUCUUUUUUUGUAUAAGCAAUUGUGUGGUUUUGCACUAUAUGUUUUGUAUUAUAAUGACAUGAAAGUCAUUUUAUUGAUAUUUUUGUAGUUUGUAUUGUAACUAUUUUUUGGCAUUUGUUUCUUUCAGAAGGACCAAAAAAUGAGAAUGCAAGAUGUAGAAAUGUGGUGAUGGCAAGCUUCAGGAGUGUCUUUUACUCUCAGAUCUGUCUUCAUUGUCAGUUUAAUGAUAUUAUAUUUAUAUAUUUGGAAAAUAUAUAUAUACUUUUAAUUUCAGAUAUUUACAGAUGAAUACUUUUAGUAUAUUAUUUAAAAAGAGAAUGGUGCAUUUUACGAUGAUGAAUUAGUUGUAUAUAUUCUCUGUAAAUCAAAUAUAACAUUUGAAACGCCUUGGAUGGUGGGCUAACAGCAUGGUCAUGAGUUGAAGGAGGAGCUGCUGCGGUCUAAGGAAGUGUCUCUGGCCAUCUCUGUAUACUGUGUGUCCUACAAGUUUCUUGCACAAAAGAGGCAGCAUGAUAUUUAGUGUUUACAAACUUGAAAUGUCCAUUUAUGUAUACCCUUUAUAGGAAGAGUCUAAUUUUGGAAUCUGCCAGAAAAAUGUUUGAUGAGAACAAAAUCAUGUAUCUUUUUUAUUUUCUCAGUAGGAUAUGAAGGAGCAUAUUUAUUUCAUCUGCAUUGUUGCGGUUUGAAUCGGUCGGUGUGAGCAUACCUAGCCAACGGAUCUCCUUAAAGCCCAUACUGUUCUGUUCCUUGGGUGGGUCUCUUUUCUGUAACAUUCUCAUUAUAGCCAAGUUAUUGUACAGUUUUAUUAAGCAAAAUUUCACAUGGUUGUUUGUCUUAAUAUGCUGCCACCUACAAUUUAGGAAACAUGUUAAUAAACCUAAAUGUGCAAUGGAAAAAUAAAUGUAAAGCAAAGGUCAUUUUUGCUAAUGGUUUUAA